GUGUACAGCCAUGUCUACCACGUCGACUCGUACGGUCCGCAAAAUAGCCUUCGCUGUUUUGUGUGCAGCAAUUCUCGCUUCGCUUGUAUGUUUUGAUUGGUUACGACGACCACCUUCUUGCCCCACGCCAGCAUCCGGCGGCACGACCAGAGAGCAGACUUCCAGACUAAGCGACGAUGACUUCGCGUUCAGAGCAGAAAGAAUCAACAAAGUGUGUCGCACGUACCAGGUGGCCCUGGCGGAUCCCAACAGACGCAUUCUGAAGCGUAACUUCAGCGACGAACGGCCCAACCUCUGCCACAUCCGAGAUUGUCCCAUCAUGAUCGACCCUGCACACAAAGUCGGCUACUGCUUCAUAAACAAGGUUGCAUCCACUACAGUCAAGUCCAUUUUCGGGGUCCUGCUGCACAUCGGAAACACGGGAAGCACAGUUUACAGCACACACAUGGCCUUUCAUGAGCACGUCCUCACAGUCUCACACAUGACGUUUCUACGGAGGAGCAGCCAGGAGCGCUACACAACCGCCAUGUUCGUUAGGCACCCCUUCGAGAGGCUAGUAUCCGCUUACGUGGACCAGGCGCUAGGCCCACGUGAUGACAAUGUCUAUUUUUACAACCGGUACUGGAAUGACGUGCCUGGCGUCAGGGCAACGGGGCGGAGCUUGACCUUCCCGGAGUUCGUUGACUACAUACUGAAUCAGACAGUGAACCAGAUGAACCCUCAUUGGGCUCCGUACUACUUGACGUGUCAGCCUUGUACCGUCAAGUACGACGUCGUCGGAAAGCUGGAGACAGCAAGCAGGGACUUUGCGCUGUUCCUUGGUACACUGGGUGUUCGGCCGGAAGACAUUCCGCAUAAAAACAAGGCUGGUGACCACGGGUCCCGCAAGUCUGGCCGAGAGUUUUUUAAGGAGCUUGCUUUCCAUCAGGUGAUGCGUUUAUAUGAGCGGUUCUUCUUCGACUUCGAGAUGUUCGGGUACGACUUCAGGGACUAUCUGCACUGAAAGUGUACGCGAAACCAAAGGAUGAGGCCAACCUCUAAAAGAGAUCUUCACAGCCAGUGCUUAAACAAAUCUGCAGCAGAGAAAAUGAGGACCUAUGCCUGAAGCCUAUAAAUAUAUUUUUUGUGAAAUGCGUAUUCAAAAGUCAGUUUCACUGGAUUAUAUGUAGGUCUAGACAACUUGAGUGAGCCGAUUGCCUAAACUAGUGUCUAAUAUUAGUCGAUACGAGCGACUAAAGUGCCAAAGUGUCCAACGUGUCCUGUAAAAGAGGCACUUGAGUGCCUUUUGUUUCAAGAAGCUUCUUUUUGAUGGCAUAUUCUGUGUUUGAAUGGGCAAUAAAAAUUACCAGUUCUGGACGGCAA